AUGAAUCCGAAGCUACUCGAGCAAGACCAUAAGCUCAAUGUUCAAGCAAAUACACCAGUGACGUCUGUAUCCGACACGACGGACGAGGCAGGAAGAUGGAUAAUAGAAACAUCGCGCGGCACUAUCAAAGCCACAAAGGUCAUCCACGCCACCAACGGCUACGCGAGCCAAGUUCUGCCCGAAUACACGCGAAGCAUAACUCCGAUCCGCGGCGUCUGCAGCCAUAUCGACAGCGCAUUGAAGCAACACGCACCACAUCUCAACAACACUUACGCCCUUCGUUUCGACGGCCGAAAUUACGACUAUCUCAUUCCCCGAGCAGACGGAAGCAUCAUCGUUGGAGGCGCAAGGCAGCGGUUCUGGCACAAGCCUGAGCGCUGGUUCGACACCGUGCGCGAUGACGAGCUUGUUGAUGAAGCAACGACCUACUUCGACGGGUACAUGCAGCGCCACUUCCGCGGAUGGGAGGAUACGCAAGCGCAGACAAAGAAGGUGUGGACUGGAAGCAAGUAUCGUAGUCUCCUGCCCAUGCGCAACUAA